GGCAGGCGGGGGCGCGCGCCCCGGCCGGCUGAGUUGCGGUUCCGGCUGGCGCGUGCUGUGGGGGCGCCUCCCUCCCGCCCCUCCCGCGGCGGGACUCGGCGAGGCUGCUGCGCAUGCGCAGGCUGUGAGGCCGGGCGGGGCUGUGGCGCCCGCUUCCCUCACCUCCCUCACCGGGUGCACAAAUUGGGGGGGGGGGGGGAGAGGGGACAGCGGCGGAGGGUGCUGGCUUUAUCACCUGGCGCCCCACGGGGACGGUACCGGACAGCGCCCCUUAACCGCUGCGCGUGUGCGUGACCGCUAUCAGUGCAGCGUCUGCGCAGGCGCAGCGGGGUGGGGGUUAGUUGGGGCGGGGGCCGGAUCUUGCCCUCAAGGCCCGGCGCGGAGCUGAACUGCGGCCUGUGGCGCCGAAGGGUUUACAGCCAGGAAGACGUGACUUUUGCUGUGGUUCAGCUCUGCCCUGAAAGCUUUUCGCUGCUCAAACCCGACUUUUUCUUACUUUCCCUAAGGUCGUUGUAGCCUAAGUGUGGGUGAGCUUGGGAAGUGCAGCUGGCAGUGAGUGACAACGCCUGUGGCUGCAGGAGCUUUGUAAGCAGUCCUUACAAGUGUUAAAAGGGCCAGUUGUAGCCGUUUUCCCCUUACUCUGCUUAAAUUGCUGAACAGAGCUGUCUGAGUCACGAUCACCUUCUCCACUCUCACAGUCUUGCGAUUUUCAACAUGUUUUUUUCGUCUCUAGGAAGUUAGUGGACUUUGAGAGCACUUGUCGGAUUGCAUGAAGGAAAGCGAAUUCACAUAAAUAGCAUUACAGUUUCUUAAUACAUUUCUAAAGAGGGGUGCAUCUUCAGUGGAAAAGAUCAUUAAACUGAAAGUAACAGUUUUAGGUGGCCUUUGAGGGAUAGAUUAUUAUCUCAUUUAAUUUGACUUGUUAUGACAAAUUUCCUGUUGCUCCUUCAAAUAGUUAGUAUGGUCUGUGAACCACAAUGUUCAUCUUAAAUGUAGUGUAAGCUAAGGAGAAAGAAAAGGAAAAAACAUCUGUGAUCUGUAUGUUGUAGCUAUUGGUGAUCUCAGAAGUUGCGCAGUUAGUUUUAAUUCUUGUUUUCCUGUACGCUCUUUUCUUUGUGUAGUUGGACUUCUAAGACCUUUGGUUUGUUGUGUUCGUGUUCAUCUAUAUCAUACUAAGCAUGAUGGUAACACCUAGGGAGUAGUAAAUAAUGGGAAUCCAAAAGUGCAAGGGUAAUAGUGGCAGGAGUGAUUUGCUGAUGCUGCAAAACAAUAAUAGACUAACAUGUAAUUUAAACAUUGGAUGUAAUUUGCUGUGAUUCUUACCUUAAUAAUCUAAAGGCGUGGCCUGUGAAGACUAUAAAUUUUCUUUUUCCAUUCCUAUGUCAGAACAUGAGUAAUCAAGAUGUUUGCAUGAGGCUGGAUCUUUGGCUGUUGGGAUCUAUAUUUUCCCCAGGUCACACCUCUUCAUGAAAGAUGAAGACAAUUACAGGCUUCAGUUUGGUCUCUCCUGCAAUCUCCUAGACUAUUCACAGCAGGUUACAUUCAUCAUAGAAGUAACAUUACAGUCAUUCCAACCUUAUUUCAUAAAUUAUUUCAGCAUGGACAUAUAAUCAGAUUGUAGCUUUUACAUAUAAAAUAUGGAGCCUGGCAGUAAUUGUAUAAUCCAUACGUUUUUAAAAAAGUCAAAUGCACUGAUGUGUCAGCAUGAUGAUGGACUGUGACUUUUUCAGUGUGUUCAAACAUGUCAGUUUUAUUAGCAUUUUGGGAAAUGUAAUUCAAACGACCCGAGUUAAAAACAUUGAGCCAAUCCGUUACUAUCAUUCUUCUGUAGGAACUAUUGUAUAGUAACAGCAUCAAAAAAUUCUAAUUUAGUUGCAUGAAAGUUUUCUUUGUCAGAAACUUUUUUAAAACUUAAGCUGUGUUGUCUCCUUUUAUAGAAAAACAUUACUUGGAGAAAGAAUCUGUGUGAAGCAGAUGUCAGUUACAAUACUCCAUAAAAACCAACCUUUUGUAAUGAAGAACAGCAUUUUUGUAUUAGUGUGCACAACAUUAACAAAAACAGCUUUGCUUUGCCUAAUUGGUUUUUUUUAUCUUUUGAAUAUAUACAGACUUGUGGGUUUGUGCAUGAGCUAAAAUUUACAGACAGAUUGGGAUAUGAAAUGUGAUUGAACUGGAAUUGUUGAGCAGCUCCUAUGUUUGAAUUUCCUAAGAUGGUUUAGAAUUUCAAUGUUCUCUUUCUUGGGGAAACAAAAAGGCCAUGCUUGAUGGAUGAUUCAUUGAUGGAUGAUCCAUCAAUCAAAUAAAAACAUUGGUUAAAGAUAUGUCUGGUCUAGUCAUUCAUUGAAAUUAAUGGCACAGUAUUACGGUGCAUCUUGAAAUUACCGUGUUCACUUUUUUAGAUUGCACAUCCUGGAGUAUAGGUUAUUUUGAAGGGAGAACAUCACCAAAAAUAGGGAUUGGGGGGGAAGACAAGAUGACAUGAUUGAACAGAUGUAGUGGCUGCUAUUCUUUCAGCGACUUUUUUUUUACAAAGGUUGUGGUGACAGGGAAAGAGUUGCUGCUCUGUUGUUCACAAGUACUAGGCAUAGUGGUCUCUAUUCUGUGAGUUAUAUAUUGUUGUAUAAGGAGUUAAAUAGAAAUGAUACUCUCAUUUUCACAGAUUAAUAGUCAACAGUGGGCCAGCGGAGCACUCUUGGCUAUGCUUCUACCCAGCAAGGUAUUGUUUUGUGUUGGCCUUGCUAACUCGGGGUGGCACAGCCGCCUGAGGGGCAGCUGCAUACAGUGCCUGGCCAGUGACAGCCUGCUCCCCCCAUAGGAAACAACUUGAGUGGAAUGAGCAGAACGAAAGACAGCAAUUCUUGGAGGACAUGAAUACAUGUAAGAAAUGAGCAGUACACCUCACUGGUGAUGCUUAGUGCUAGUAAGAGGCAUAGGAUUAACCGUGGACAUCUUGAAGAGAAUGAAUUAGGAGUAGGACUGCAUGGGAGGUGGUGAUUGAAAGUGCUUAAAUGUUGCCUGGUCCAGGGUGUCAAAAUUCAUGUGACAUCUGUCUGAUAACAUCAGAGUGGUUUAAUCUUUGGUCUGUCUGCCUUUGCAGUGGACGUUCCUCUGGCAUUACGCAAAAGUAUAUGAAAGUUUAAAUGAAAUAUACCUACUUUUCUUCUAAACUGAGUACUUUUUUAUUUUUGUUGUUUUGGCCUAUGCUAAGACAUAAGCUGAAAGUGUUUAUUAGCCCAUGUGUAUAAAACUGGUGAAGAAACAAAAAAUGUAAAGAUGUUUCUUCUUGUAAUCUCUAAUUUCUCACCUGCAGAAAUUCCAAAGGCAUCUUUUGCUUCACAGAAAGAAGUUGUAAGUUCAAAACAGGGGAACCAUACCCGCCUUGCUGCUCUGCAACUGUGACUUCUGGUGAUCCUGUUUCUGCCAUCUGCCAGUGAAGGCUCUGUAGUUACAGAAGAGUCUAUAGCCCAUUCUAGGUGUUUAUGUUAAAUAUAUGUGGAAGUUUUCUUAUUUAAUUUCAGUUCUUCAACAUACAAAGAUGAAAGAAGGUUGCGUCCCACACUUAAAAACCAGCAGCAAUCUAUAGCUUUAGAUCUGAAAGAAGUCUAGUUACCUUCUUUCCUCAAUAUGAAAAGGAAACUUACAGUAAGCGUUAGCCAGUUCACCUGUUUCUUUACAAAGGACUAACCCGAGUGCCAUUUAGAAACAGGCAGUAAUGAUGUUCCAAAAGUAAAAUGCUUGUUUGCAUGACUCAUGACUGCUUUCCAGUCCUGCAUUAGCAGAGUUGUUGAUUGCUGAUUUUUUGCUUUGCUUUGUUUUGUUUGUUUUGCAGUAGUCUGACCUUUUUUCUGAGUAGUCUGGCCUACUACUGAACUACUGUCUGUAACAGUGUGGGUUAUAUUUAACUGGGCUGAGAGGCUGCAAAUGUACUUAGUUUCCUUUGGUCCUUAGUGGUACAGGCAUAAAUUUUAAUUGCCUCUGCCCUUCUGUGUCUAAAAACACAAGCUGUUAUAUAUUUGUGUGGCAUAUGUAAUAGCCAAGGAGGGGGCAUGCAGAGUAGCUAGGGUAUGCAGUAUUUCAGUGUCUAGAUCUGGUUGUAUGCAUCUAUAUAGAUUACUGUUUUGCUACAGACAUAUAUAUAGAUGCUUUCCUGUCUGGUAUUUUUUUGUCUCACGGUAGUUAAAGUUUCUUGCUGUCCUUAGCCACAUCUUUGGUAUUUCAAAAGUCUCUCUCAAAGUAUAGGUACAAAGAUUUUAAAAGUACGUAUAAAUGUUAAAAUUCACUGCGAUUACAAUGUGUAACAAAACUAAUCCAAAUAGUAAUUUUGUUUUCUAUGAUACUUUUAUUAUGGAAUCCAUACAGUUAUGUGAUAUACAAAUAUUUCUGUAGGAAACAUUUCGAGGAGGUUUGGAAAGUGCGGAGGUCCUGACAAGAAUGGUAAUUUAAGCAAAGGCAAACCAACUGUUCUGGUGCCAUUUGGAUGGCCUUAAGGGCUCUGGUAUGCCUUUAUACUUCUGUACAUGUGAGUUCUUUCUUAAGGCAGGUUUUCAAGCUUGAGCUUGCUCUGGAAGAGCCUGUGGCCUGUGUCCAUUUCCAUUUGGUGUGUUAGUGGUUGGGUUUGUUUGCCUUUAAGUUAGUAGAACACAUUAGCUAUAAAGGUAUGAGGUAGUCCACCCAGAGUUGGUUUUAAGACACACCUUAGCGGGAGGAGGCUUCCUUACUUUACCUGUACCUGUGAUAUGUAGCAUGUUGGCACCACCCUCUUCUGUGCUCGAGGGACAAGUGUGAACAGGGUGAGCUAGCAGUCUCAGUUCACGUGAGGAAGCAUCAGACUUGCUGCUCGUGUGCUGCCUGGCAGGUUUGGUGCCUCUAGGAAGCACCGCGAUGGCUCUAAGGUGUAUGCACUGCAGCCCAGUCGCGCGCCUGCUGUACGCCUAGAGCUCGCAUUCUGUGCCCGUGCGGGAAAUCCCGCGUGGCCGAAAAGUAUCAGAUUUACUAGCGCAUGUGCGCACUGUGUGGGGUGCAGGCAGUAAGCUCAAGGCUUCUGAGGAGCAUGUCUUAACAUUCAUGUGAUUCAUAUGUGCCCAUCUUUCUCCUUGUGAACCAUGGCACAGAAAUACAGCUAUUUUGCAUUUUGCAGUCUCACGUGGUCUGUUAACAAGGAGAAAGAAAUGCCUCUUGCUUGCUUGUCUUCUAUUGAAUGUUUAAGUGAAAUCAUAUGUUAUAUUUAAGUUGGAUUGUUCCAAGUACUUGGGAAAAGGAUAGUAAACUCCAGAAAUUCAGUAAAGGCAAACUGUUGCUCUCUCCUAGUUCCUUGCCGUGUAUGAUGCGUUCUGCAGGGGUGUAUUGACAUUGGAUUUGAGAUACCAGAUAUGCAGCAAGGACAGCAGUGAUCCUUGUGUUUUGUUUUCUGUUUGAUUUGUUACUUUUGUCUUCUUCGCUUCCUGUUUUCAAUGCCAGUGAUGUAAAGGCUCCCCACGUGAGGCAAACUUAGAUUUAUCUUACUCUUUAAGGGGAAGGGGAUUCUCACCUUAUGUCAUAUAAAUUGUUAAUAGGAUAUAAAUUUCUGAAAAGUCAAAAUGGAAAAAUAAAUCUAAAACCAUCUAUAAGCUGCAGCUUGUUUGUUUGUGUUGGCAGCUGCACAAUAAAGUGCAAUGAAUUCUAAAAAUUACUAGUUUCGCAUGUGUAUCCUUGUAUCCUUUACUGGUCACAGCCUGAUUGUUGUAAGUCAGAGCUAAUUUUUUUUUUUUAAUUGGAUCCAGUGCUAGCAUAAUAUCUAAGUUCAAAGAUAUAGUACAUAAAAAUGUUUUCAGGAUGUUGUCUUCAAAAUCUGCCAACUUCUUUUGUAUUGUUUUCAGUUUUAUUGGUACAACAAUGGAAUGAUUUGAAUUGCAUUUGAUUUUUUCUCUCUGUUGUUUGCAUUUUCAUUUUAAAUUAUUUACAAGUCUGAGGCUUGGAGAUGAGAGCCUAAUGAAUGCUUUUAAAAAUAAAACCUUCUUCUUUAAGCAUGUUCUGCUUCAUGUUUUGAAUUUAUAACCCAAGCCUUAAUGAAUCGUUUCCUAGUUACUCUUAUCUUAGAAUUUAUGAGCUGUCCUAUUUACAAGUUUUACCUAUACAAUGGAAAAAUAAUUCCUGUUUACCUUAAAUGAAAAGAACUGUUCGUGUUAACAGGCUUAAACUGCUAAUUAGGGGUAAUAUGGCAAUAAAUACUAUGACAAACGUUUUAGCAAUGUGAAGAUGCAAUAUUUAGGUUUUGAGCCUUUCCCUGGUGCAUUCCAAGUAAGAAGAUGAGCGUGUUGUGGUUUUUGAUACCUCAUAUACAUAUCAGGUUAAUAAAAAGUAUUUUAGGGAAAAACAAUAGCUUAUAGGUCCUUAUAGGAAGCAGAUUCACUUCUUUCUACAUUUAGGGCGAUAUGCUGAUGCCCACAUGCUAUAACAUUGUUAUAAUAAACCUUGUUAUUGUGAAGCUUCAGAUAGGUGCCAGACUUAUGAAAGAACUCUGAUGACUUCAUGUAUGUGUGUAUGCAGUGUUUUGUUAACAGUUAAGUUAUUCUGCUGAAAAAAAUAGUAGGAUUAGCAGUAGUUGCUUUGUUUUGAAUGUACAUUAAUGUAAUUUAAUCAGGAAGGAAAGAAAACCUGGGACUAGAAUUUGAUGUCAUUUACCUGACUAUAAAUCGGAAUAUCUCCGUUAAUUUUUUCAAUUUGUGUCAAAAUGACCAAAAUCAGAACCUGACACAAGCUCUCCAUCUUGUGAUUUGUGCAUACAAAACCAACGAAAUAAAAUCAGAAUUUUUUUUUGUCCAAAUCUUAACCCAAAAAACAGAGCUUGGUUUUUGAGCAGAGACUUUGUAAUACAGUGUUAUUACUUUUUGGUAGAGGAACUUUGCAGAUAUAUUGUAUCAAGAACCUUUUUUUUUUCCUCCCAGUUGUUUCUGAUUAGACUUAAUUGUCAGAGCUACAGACUUGUGAGUUUGAGCGCCAUUCUAAGUCUAGGAAGCUUAAAAAUUCUUGACAAAUUUUUUCUUUGACUUCUUUGUGUGUGCCUCUGACAUCUGCAGAGGGUUGUAUGUAGGCUUUGUUCCCUGUCUGAUUUUCUUUGUGUCGCCCAAGCAGUUUGCAGUAGGGAUGGCAACCUGAGGAAGGAAGGAGGGAGAGGAAGAGGCUGAAGAGAAAGUUCACGUAGGUCUGACGUUGGAGGUGUCCCUUCUGCCGCUCUGAAGCAGACAUCUGAUGAGAUUGUGUCCGAUUCCCAGUUGUACAGAUGACUCCAGGAGAUGGCAGUAGGAUAAGGGAGGUUUUCCUCCCCAGUCUGCCAGCCUGAACCUGGCCCAGGUCAGCAGCAGUUGGAGGUACUAAACCAAAUGAUCUACAAUUGAUAAUUUUAAGAAUGGAUGGGGAGGAAGAUAAGAAGAGAGAUGAUGUUGAUGAGAGUUUACAAAGUGAGUUGACAGAAGAAUCCCAGAGAAACGCAUCAGGAGAAAAUGCUGGAUGUGACUCUUCGUCUCAGCAGAAUAUAAGGCUUACAUCAGAUGAAGUGUUCAGAGACCUUGAAAAGAAAAUAAAAGAGGAUGGAGCAAAAAAAAGGGCACUAUCAGGAUCACCAAACCUGGAUGGUGUUCAAGCAGACAAACCUGAAAAUGUCUCCAGAAAAAGAAAACGGGGAUCUUCAGAAGACAUGAAAGAUAGUGAAAGGAAAUUGCACAAAGUCAUAGCUGGAGAAGCAGGUAGUAUAGUAGCUGGAGCUGUAAAGAAGGAAGGAGUCACCAGUUGUCUUGGUGAUGACAUAUUUAAUUCAAAUUUCCUGUGCCUACAUUGUGAUUUCAAAUGUGCUGAUGGUGCCAUAUUGAAAAUUCACCAGGAAAAUAAACAUUCGCAAGAGGUGCCAGCUGCUGUUACUGAUAACUUAUCUUCUUCAGAAGAGAUCAGUGUUGGCUAUAAAGUUGGAAACAUAGACAAAGGUCUUAAAGGCAAAAUGAGUGAUCAGUGUUCUGAUAUGGAAGAACAUAAACCAGAAAGCCCCUCUAAACAAUCCAAAGAGCAAACAUGCCCUCACUGUAGUUGCACAGCUGAAUGUAGUUCAACAUUACAUACGCAUGUUAGGCAAGAUCAUGAGAAAUCAAAGAUAUUUUGUUGUGAUCUUUGUGGUUUUCAGAGUGCUGAGGAAAAUCUCCUAAAUUCUCAUUUCCUUGGCAAGACGCACCUUCGACGCCAAAAUCUUGCUGCACGGGGAGGAUUUGUACAGAUAUUGACAAAAAAAUCCUUUAAAAAACCCCAAUCUACUCCAACCAAAGAGAGGAAUGUCAGAGCAAAACCUGGGACCAGUAAAUUAAGGGCCAGAACUGCUGAUGCAAAAGAAUUAAGUGCACUGAAAGGCUCAAAAGUAAGCUUGUCUAAACAAAAUGAUGGCACUGAAUUUGUUGAAAUGAUACCAUCUUCAAAUGUUCCCACAGAAAAAAAAGAUACUAUGACAGAAGAAACGUUGCUUUCUUCCAGCGUAGAAGGAAAGCAUGAAGUCUGUACUGAAAAACUAGAAAUAGCAGGACCCUCAGAAAAUACCGUGCAGAAAACAGAACUCCCUCUAACUAGCAAAAAGCUAGUUAGCAGUUUAAAAAUGACAAGGAGAUUUGAUAGACCGGAACAUAAAAGGAACUUUGUCUUGUUAAGGUCUUCAUUUGGACAGAGUAGGUCUUUUAGAUUAAAAAGGCAGGUUAAAAGAAGGUACAGUUUGUUGGGUAAUAGUAAGAGAGGCAAGUCUGAAACUCGGAGAGUACACAUGAAGCGUAUCUCCAGCACACAGCUUAAACCAGGUGAUUCAAGCCCUAUGUCACAUACAGAAUUAGAAACAGAUGCUAAAAGUAAUUGUAAUACUACUUCAGAGAUACAAGAUCUUACUGAAGAUAAGCCAAAUACCCUUUCUUCCAGCACUAUAGAUACUAAAGAUUCUGAUGUUAAACUUACUGCUGGUCAUGGUAUUCUUCAUACUUGCAUUGAUUGUGGUCAUGUUUUUCAGAACAGAAAAAGUUUGGAAAUUCAUGUUGCAAAGCUUCAUAGAAAAAGGAUCCAGUUUCAUUGUCAGAUGUGCAGUUAUUCCUCUGGAGUCAGGGAAGACAUGAAGCAGCACUGUCAGGACAGUAAACACCAGAUGGGUGGUUGUAGCUUUAAUUGUCAACUCUGUUCAUUUACCAGCUUGAAUGUGAUCAGCCUUCGAAGCCAUAUGAGUGAAGCGCAUAAUAUGUCCCAUAGUUGUCCAACUUGCAUUCUUUUUUUUCAAAUGGAAGAAGAGCUGUUAAAUCAUCAAAAAAAUGAGAAACAUGAUGGUUCGUUAUUUCAGCAAGCUACUUCAUUGAGUAAUAGUGAUCGGACCUUGCAAGUGGUAACUUAUGCUGACUCAGUAUCAAACAAUAGCCAAAAUCUUGCAAAGGAAAUGGAAGUAUCAGUGAAAGCAAAAACUCCAGACUCUUCCAUCAUGAAUCAUAGAAAUGAGCUAAAGCAUUCUGUUCUGAAUAAAACCCAAUUUCAAUGUAAAAAGUGUUUUUAUAAGACAAGAUCUUCCACGGUUCUUACAAGGCACAUAAAACUCCGACAUGCACAGGAGUAUCACUUCCUUUGCAAAGCGUGUAAUCUCUACUCACUGAGUAAGGAAGGGAUGGAGAAGCAUAUCAAAAGAAGCAAGCACCUUGAAAAUGCCAGGAAAAACAACAUUGGACUACGUUUUGAAGAAUGUAUUGAAAAGGUUUGUGUUGGUGUUGGUGGUAUUAAAACAGUGGUGGAUCCUUCCGUUUCUGGGAGUGGGAAUACAGAGUUGGAUAAAGAAAUUACACACGUUUCAUUCUCUUCUGUGGAAAACAUAUCGAGAAAUAAGGAAUUUGUUCCACUUGAUCAAAGGAUUGGUGAAAAUGAAUUGGUUUUAGCUAAUGCAUCCAAAAAAGGGAAACUCAAAGGCACUAUUUCUAGGACAUGCACCCAUUGUGGUCUUUUGGCCUCCAGUGUUACAAACUUAACUGUUCACAUCAGACGAAAGCAUAGUCAUCAGUACAGCUACCUGUGUAAGGUUUGCAAUUAUUACACUGUAACCAAAGGAGAUAUGGAACGCCACUGUGCAACGAAAAAACACAAAAGUCGUGUUGAAAUAGAAGGGUGUGGAAAACAGAACUCGGAGAUCAUCGUUAGCCCUGAAGGAGGUAAUUUUGAAUCCAUGAGCAAGAAGGUUAACAGCCCCAUGACUGCCUUGUAUGAACAUGUUGAGGAUUGUAGCCAGUCAUCAGAUUUGGAAAAUUCUGUCUUAGACAAUCAGGAAGUUGAGCAAGGAGAUGCUGAGCUAGAAGUUGUAAAUACCAGUAGGCUGCCAGAUCUGGAGCAUACUAGCAAUCCAUUAAAUAUAAACCAACGUAUAUUUCUGGAACCAGCUAGGGUUACUCAAGAUGGUGACCCAUGCUUCCAGAGAAGAGCAGUGGGUGCAAACGACAACAAGUGCGUACACUGCAGCUUCAUUGCUCAUUCUUCUUCUUCUUUAGAGCUGCAUGUGAAACGAAAACAUACAAAACAAUUUGAAUAUUACUGCAUGGCUUGUGACUACUAUGCUGUUACUCGCAGAGAGAUGAUUAGGCAUGCAGCAACAGAGAAACAUAAAAUUAGAAGAGAAUCUCACGUGUAUUCUUCUGGGGAGGAAGCACACACAGCAAAUAUCACUAAAGAUGGUGCUGCUUUGUCUCAAGAGAAGCACCAUCACAGUGCAGGAGAAUUGAAAACUGUUUUAGGCGAAACGAAAUGUGCCAAUGACAUAGCAGAAGGUGAUCAUAUGAGUAAAAGCUUAACAGAGUGUAUUGUCUUAGAUGAAAAUGCAUCUCCAGGAAUGCCUAAAGGUGGCAGUUCCCAAAAUGCAAUAGCAGGCGAGCUUGAAGAGGAGUCUAAAAAUGGAGGAGAAAACCUUUUUUGUGAGGGAUUCCAGCAAACUCCUCAGAAAGAUAAAGCUGUUACACUUGACAAGGAGGUAUCAGUUAAAGAAGCAGGUACUUGUCAGUUGCAGAAAAGUAGGCAUGGUCAGGAGCUGCUCAACUCAGAUGAUGAUUGCACUGCAGAAGAUCAGAAUAGAUCAAGCAGCACAAACUUGAAUUCAGGAAGAGGCAAGGAAAGCUUGGAAGCAAAUAGAGAAAACCCUGAAGUAGUGUGUAGAAACACAGACAUUCUCAAAAAAAAAUCACUGAAAAAAAAUAACCCACUUAUGCUAACUCUUCCAGAAACAAGUAGUGCAGUAGAGCAAUCAAAUUUUGCUGGAAACAUUGGAGAAAUGGUAGAAAAUAUACAUAGUUUAGAGGGUGACAGAAGUUUCAAAGAGGAUCCUACUGGGGAGGAGGAAGAAGCCCUUAUGGAAGCACAACAUGAAGCAGAAGUAGCUAUAAAUAACGAUCUUUGGGAGGCAGAUGGCUCAACAGCUGAGAGCAUGCAAGAAAGUAGUAAUGAGGCUUUAGGAACAGUUAUCAGUGCUGAUGAUAAAGGAAAGGCAAUGCAAAAUUUUGGCAAGUUUGAUUCUUCUAUAGUGAGGUUAAAAAGCCAUCAAGAUGGGGAGGGCACUGACCGUUCUGCUGAAGGACAGAUGUCAGGUGGAGUGAGAGCUAGUGAGCUCACAGUGAAAGCAGACCCUUCACCAAACGGUGGGAAAAGGAAGAAGUCAGAAGGAAUUUCCCUUGGGGAAUCGACACGUAUUCGCUGUGAUGACUGUGGUUUUCUAGCAGAUGGUUUGAGUGGACUAAAUGUUCACAUAGCCAUGAAACAUCCUUCAAAAGAAAAACAUUUUCAUUGUUUACUUUGUGGAAAAUCAUUUUACACGGAGAGCAACCUUCACCAGCACUUGGCGAGUGCUGGGCACAUGCGAAAUGAGCAGGCGAGCGUGGAGGAGCUGCCCGAAGGAGGCGCUACCUUUAAGUGUGUGAAGUGCACCGAGCCCUUCGAUUCGGAGCAGAGCCUGUUCCUCCACAUCAAAGAGCAACACGAAGAGCUGUUGCGGGAAGUGAAUAAGUACAUUGUGGAAGACACUGAGCAGAUAAACAGGGAGAGGGAAGAGAAUCAAGGCAAUGUCUGCAAGUAUUGUGGGAAGAUGUGCAGAAGUAGCAAUUCCAUGGCCUUCCUAGCUCACAUCCGUACCCAUACAGGAUCAAAGCCAUUCAAGUGCAAGAUAUGCCACUUUGCAACAGCUCAGCUCGGAGACGCCAGAAACCAUGUCAAGAGGCACCUUGGGAUGAGGGAAUACAAGUGUCAUGUCUGUGGGGUGGCGUUUGUGAUGAAGAAGCAUUUGAAUACUCAUUUACUGGGCAAGCAUGGAGUUGGCACACCCAAAGAAAGGAAAUUUACAUGUCACCUGUGUGACAGGAGCUUCACGGAGAAGUGGGCGCUGAACAACCACAUGAAGCUGCACACGGGAGAGAAGCCCUUCAAGUGCACCUGGCCCACCUGCCAUUACUCUUUCCUCACAGCCUCCGCCAUGAAGGACCACUUUAGGACUCACACAGGCGAGAAGUCGUUCCUCUGUGACCUUUGUGGCUUUGCCGGCGGGACACGUCAUGCCCUCACCAAGCAUCGGCGGCAGCACACAGGAGAGAAACCAUUCAAAUGUGAUGAGUGUAACUUCGCUUCCACAACACAAUCGCAUCUGACACGACAUAAGCGUGUCCAUACUGGAGAAAAGCCUUACAGAUGUCCCUGGUGUGACUACAGGUCAAACUGUGCUGAAAAUAUCCGUAAACACAUCUUACAUACAGGAAAGCAUGAAGGAGUAAAAAUGUAUAACUGUCCUAAAUGUGACUAUGGAACCAAUAUCCCUGUGGAAUUUCGUAACCACUUGAAAGAACUACACCCAGACAUUGAAAAUCCUGAUCUGGCAUAUUUGCAUGCUGGCAUUGUAUCCAAGUCCUAUGAGUGCCGACUGAAGGGGCAAGGAGCAACCUUUGUGGAAACUACGAGUCCUUUUACUGCAGCAGCACUGGGAGAGGUUUCUCCAGUUAAAGAGAAGGUCUUUCGGGGCAGUAGAAGACAGCCACAGUCACCCGAAGAAGUUCAGCAAGUUAUUAUUAUUCAAGGAUACGAUGGUGACUUUGCAAUUGAUGCCUCUGUGGAAGAAACAGCAGCAGCUACCCUUCAGACUCUAGCGAUGGCUGGGCAGAUGGCCAGGGUGGUCCAUAUUACAGAAGACGGGCAAGUCAUAGCUACAAAUCAAAACGGCUCACACAUGAGUAGUAUGGUUCCAGGGCAGAUACUUACUGAGCAGUUAGCAGACGUUGCAACGCAAGUGGUAGUGGUUGAAGGAACAGGAACUGAUAUGGAGGAGGCUGUUCGAAUAGACACAGUUCCUGACUCCAGUAGCACUGUACUGCAGCAGAUAAUGCGACAAGAAGUAUUAGAUGCUUCUGAAGCUACAGGCCAUCCUCCAGACUCGUCCUCAGCAUUAGAUGCCCUGCUUUGUGCUGUAACAGAGCUGGAUGAAGUGGAAAACAAAUCUGGACUCCUUGACAGAUGCAGGUCUGGUCACAAAGAUUUCUUGCAAAUGCCAAACCCAGAGACGCCCAGCGUUCCCAGUGAUGCAGAGGGACAAGAAAUACAAAUGUUCCAUGAAGUUCAAGAGACUCAGGAAGAUACUGAACCUAUGGAAGUAGUGACGCGGGUCAUGCACCCAUCGGCUAUAAUUGCAUCUCAGGAGAGAGCUCAGGCUGCCUUCAAGAAAAUGGUCCAAGGAGUAUUACAGUUUGCUGUAUGUGAUACGGCUGCGGCCGACCAGCUGAUGAAAGAAGGUGUCACUCAGGUCAUUGUAAAUGAGGAAGGGACUGUGCAUAUGGUAGCUAGAGAAGGCUCUCAGAUAAUUAUGCAGGAAGCUGGUAGCCAUGCGCUCAGCGUCCAAAGCGAACACAUGGAUUUAGUUGAGUCAGAUGGGGAAAUAUCACAGAUUAUUGUCACUGAAGAAAUAGCACAAGCCAUGGUUCAGGGUUCUGAUGGUGACUUCUCUGAAGGUGCAACCCACUACAUCGUCACAGAAUUGCCACCAGACAUGCAGGAUGAGCCUGGUGUGUACUCGCACGCUGUGAUAGAGACAGCUGGGUCUCCAGAGAUUUUGCAGGCUGGUACUGCUAUAAAAGAGGAAGCCGUAUCCCCUGAUAGAGCAGGAGAACAGUUAACAAGCAUGGUCAUUUAUACAGAGGGUGGCUCACAAGUAAUUAAGGGCCAGAGAGAUGAUAAUGAAGUACAAGAAGCAUGAAGAGCUUCAUCUCCUAGGCUCGAUGCAGGGCAAAGCUGGAAAUUGCCAGAUCCAUGGAGGAACUGUUUUCCUGGAACAUUUUCUGUAAAACCUUCUAAUACAACGUCCUCCUAGCCAGGUAACAAAUAUGCACCCUGCGGGAGGUGAAGGUCAGCUACUAGGAGAAGUUCACUGAAAAGGAUAGUACAAUCUUGUUACAAUAGCUCUAAGAAUUUUAUAUGGGAUUAUUAUAAAACAAGCAUAUUAGGGCGCAAAGGAGGAUAAAAAGCUCCCCCAAGGUGUAGGUAUUGUUCUGUUCACUGCUUGCUUUGUUGUUGGUUUUGGGGUUUUUUUAAUGUUUUAUCUCAGGGUAAUUCCCUGGCUUCUGUCAUUUUUGUCUAACAUAAUCAAAGGAGUAAAAUAAUUCCACUUACACGUACAUUUUGUGAACAGAAAAAUAAGCAAAAAAUACAAAACCCACAAUAACGAGGUGAACAGGUAAGCUUACAUACUGUAAUCGAUGCCCUUCUUUAUUUUAAAGAAGAACAGGUGACAUUUUGCUUUCUAGAACCUUACUUUAAAAUAUCCCUGGCUAAAAAUAUGUCAUCAAAAUAACUAUUUUUGCAUCUAAAAUAAAAUUUUUCAUAGUAGCUUACUCUUUCAUGGCAUCACUUAGGACUUUUCCUAAAGGAGAGCUCAAAAAAGCUACACUUCAGAAAAUUCUUGAUUAUAUGUAUUCAGGAAGAAGAACUUGAUGCCUGUAACUUCCACUUAAUUUUAGAUGAGAGUCCUACAUAAGAAAUGUGCAUUUUUUUUUUGAAAAAAAUAUUGUCACUGUCAGUGUUUUGCUUUUCUUAUAAAUAGUGCUUCAUAUAAAUACCAUUUUGCAGUUCAUUUUGUGAGCGACUUCUGAAAUGUUAUGGGGGUUUUUAAAGAAAAUUCUGACAUUGACAUUAACAAGUAGGAAAAAAAAAAAAAAAGGUGACCUUGUAUUUCUUGCUUAGUCCAGAAUGUCAGUUAUUUACUUGUGGAUAUACUGCAAUUGUUCAAUGCAAGUUCAUGUUGAAAAGAUCUGUUUCAUGAUACAACUGCUUUUGUUUCUUUAAAAAAAUUGUAAAAUACAAACUGGCAAGGUUUGGGGAUUAUUUUUUUUUUGUCUUUCAAAUAAAAUGUUAGCAUUAAAA